UGAUACACAUAGUUGUUUGAAAUGGGAGAAUAUUGAGGAAAGUUUUUCAUGAUGUAUUUUAUAGAACUAAGAUCAAUGAUCAACAAUCUCAAAGUCCCGGACAUUUGGAACUGAAAGUUUGAGUGGUACGCACUAAUGAGGAGCUACCUGUAGCGGUUCAUGUGGAGCGAGCGACAGUCGCGCGCAGGCUUCCACGCGGUUCGGUAGCGCCGUCAUGCCGCUAACCGCUUUCCGAACGCUCCGUCCGAACAUGUCCGAACAUAUCUAACCGACCGAAAAAUUCAAAUCGCAACAAAAAAAUUGAGUAGGCAAAAAGUCAAAAGUGAGUUCAAAGUUCGGCUAGUUGACGUGAAUUUUGGAAGGAAACCACCUGUUGGCCGCGAUUUGGCAUAGUCCAGUGGACAGCGUCACAAUCUGUUUACAAGAGGGGGACCACCCCCGUGGGCCAUGACGCAACGUUUUAUGGGCGCCCUGUGUUGCGUUACUAUGGCGGAAAAACAACACUCGUAGCUUGAAAAUAGAUUUCCGUGUUUCCACCUGCGUUCAGCUAAACAUUCAUUACACGGUUUCACCGAGUCGGGUAAAAUACGAUCUCGUUCAAAAAUCAACAUUCCCUUCAUGUGUGUUGUUUCUAAAGAAAAUCAUAAAAACAACCAUAUAAAGCAUUGUUUUAAGAGGAAACGAACUGUUAAUUUGUUAACGCUAAAAUCUUGUCUAAUUGAUGAGAACAAAGACUCUGUUAUCCUUACAAUGAAUUGUUUGUGCUGUUGGAAUUAGCAGUUGAUAGUCUUGUUCUUGAAUGGGCUGCGGCAUUCUAUUCAGAGGCUUUACGACGUCACCAAAAAUAAAGUGCCAAAAGAGCAAAUUCAUUGGAAAAGUUCAAGCUGAACAUUCCAGACGAAAGGUCUCGGGCGAUGCCGGUUUCAAUUUCCCGAUCGUACAAUUUUUUUAAUAUUUUAUAAGGCAUUAAACGACUUGUUUACAUCUAUAAAACGUACCACCAUAAAACUAAUGUUAAAUAAAUGUCAUUUGAUAAACUAAACAUAUCUACAAUCGGUAAUGGCUCAAUGACACUUAUUACUUAAUCUAUUUUGAGUCAUUAUUUACAACGAAUGUACAAUGAUUCGCUUUUGUUAAUUAAAAAAAAGUCGAGAACUCAAACGCUCCUCGUCCUAUCUAAAUAAUACGUCAAAAGUAAAGUCAUACAGCUUGAGUAAUAACUCAUAAUUUAUUAGUUUUAGGUCGGCGGAGCAAUCAAAAUGUCUAACGCAUACUCUUAAUUUACGCGAGUGCUGUAUCAUAUCAAAACAUUGUGAACAUAAACAUAUCAGAUUUUUGGAUGAUCGAGUGAACCGGAGUGAACUGUGAAGUGAACGGUGACGUGAUCGUGACCAAGUGUUUGUGUCAGUUUAAGUGGAGAUAGCGUAUGAUGUGAUGAUGAGGCGUGGCAAAGUGCUGCUUGAGAGCAGCAGGCAAGGCUCUGUCGACAGCAAGGGCAACGUGGCGAACGAUAAGGAGCUGGUGCACAAAUGUCACAGCGACCCUGGUGGGGGGCGGGCUCUAGGAGCCAACCCACGAACGCAUCGCCAUCGAUCCGCAUCGGGUGCGACUAGGAAAUGCGUGCUCACGCUUGACGGAUACUCAUAUGUCAUUGGUCAGCACGGAAGUCUAAUAGAGAAUCAACAAGGCGCGCUGACCAUUGUGCGCCGCUCCUCAAGCCGCAGUAAGGCUGAGAGCUGUCCCACGCCCACUGAUGAGCAACUCGACUCUCUCGACCUGGACACUGAGCACUUGCCCGCUGUCGACACGCCUGACGCAUGCGAUAAGGCCGCCCUUAGAUUACGCUAUCUCCUUAGACAAUUGAAUAAAGGUGAAAUAUCAGCAGAGACUUUGCAAAAGAACCUUCACUAUGCUGCGAAAGUCCUUGAGGCGGUCUACAUCGAUGAGACCAAACCGGCAGUGGCGCGCCAGCAGUCAGCCCCAACCCUGGUGUUUAGGAGGUUGGCUGACGAGGAUGACGAGCUGUCGGAGGUCCAGCCUGAUGCCGUCCCGCCUGAAGUCCGGGAGUGGCUGGCGUCGACCUUCACGCGGCAGCUGGCGACGGCGAAACGGAAGUCGGAUGAGAAGCCGAAAUUCCGCUCGGUCGCGCACGCGAUCAGAGCUGGCAUCUUUGUAGACAGAAUCUAUAGAAGGGUCACCAGCACUGCGCUGAUGCAGUUCCCUCAAGAUGUCAUUAGAGUGUUAAAGACUCUGGACGAGUGGUCGUUUGACGUGUUCGCCCUGCACGAGGCGUCGGGCGGCGCGCCCGUCAAGUACCUCGGCUACGAACUACUCAACAGAUACGGCAUGAUACACAAGUUCAAGGUACCACCGACGACCCUGGAGAACUUCCUAAACAGGAUAGAAGAGGGCUACUGCAAGUUCCACAACCCGUACCACAACAACCUACACGCGGCUGAUGUCGCUCAGACGGUGCACUACAUGCUGUGUCAAACUGGACUGAUGAACUGGUUGUCAGACUUGGAGAUCUUCGCGACGCUGGUGGCGGCGGUGGUGCACGACUACGAGCACACCGGCACCACUAACAACUUCCACGUCAUGUCCGGCUCCGACACCGCGUUACUGUACAACGACAGGGCUGUGCUUGAGAAUCAUCAUAUAAGCGCUGCAUUUAGGCUGAUGCGUGACGAAGAAUGCAACUUACUCCAGAACCUCUCGAGGGAAGAAUUCCGGGAGUUCCGCACCCUGGUUAUCGACAUGGUGUUGGCCACAGACAUGUCCUUCCACUUCCAACAGCUGAAGAACAUGAGGUCUCUGCUGUCUCUUGCUGAGCCAACUGUCGACAAGUCCAAGGCAGUCUCUCUUAUUCUGCACUGCUGUGAUAUUUCCCAUCCUGCUAAGAGAUGGGACCUGCACCACAGAUGGACUAUGAGCCUGCUGGACGAAUUCUUCCUUCAGGGAGACAAAGAGCGAGACCUUGGACUACCAUUCAGUCCGUUAUGCGACAGAAAUAACACCUUAGUGGCUGAAUCACAGAUCGGUUUCAUAGAGUUCAUCGUGGAACCCAGCAUGGGUGUGUGUGCCGAUAUGCUAGAGUGCAUAUUGGGACCUCUACAUUCCAGUAGCAAGAACUCCACAAGCUCAGCUGAGCCAAUUAAUGAGGAGAGCACAGGAAAUGAGAACAGCACCAAGUUUAAGAUCCGAAAGCCUUGGGCAACGUGCCUCAGCGACAAUAAGAAGAUCUGGAAAGAACAAGCUGCGAAGGACGCUGAGGCUCGAGCUAAGCAGGAGGAGGAGAACAACAGUGUUCCGCCGACAACAGAGGAAUAAUAUUUAGCCUCAUUUGUAAAUAGCGUUAGAUCUAGGUGUUGCAACAUGUUCACUUCACUGAUGAACAAAAGCUAAAGCAUACAUCACGAUAAACAUACGUGUGCAAGCUUUAUUAUAUGUUGCUAUUUAUUAAAAUUAUAAAUUGUUGUGUGUUACGCACAAAUAUACGACUUGGAAGCACAAUGCGAAAAGCCUGGAUGUAUAAAGUUUCUCUAUGUGGAAGACAACAUAGUGAGCUAAUUUGAACAGGCGACUUACCGCCGAGCGGUGACGCCAGUAGGUAGUGUAAAUGAUUCAUAUUAUUCGCUGCUAAGAUCUUAGCCUAGCCUAAAAAUUAAGUCCUAAGUAAAGCUUUGAAGAUUUCUCAUAAAAAGAGUCUAUUGCGAGCGGGCAGAACAGUAUGUAAUAAAAAUUAGGUAUGUGGACCCGGAACUGUUCCUUGAAGUACUCUUAGUGAAAUACUCGCAAUAGAUUCUUUACUGUAUAUUUAAAGAUGUAUCGAUAGAUGACACUAUUUUCUACUCAUAAUUGAAAUAGGUAUAUCUACUAAUUAAUAUGUAAAACUGUACUGAACUCAUUUCAAACGUAGUUGGUAAGAGCUAAAUGUAUGUAAGUAACUAUCAAAUGCUGGUGACGGAGCAAACAACAUUAAUUUAUAUAAUCAUAAACACAUGUGCACUUCUCUUCAAUCCAACACUUAACUAUAACAUAAUGUAGCUUAAUAUUAGUGUUAAAUUUAACCCAUAUGAUGAAUACGCUUAUUAAUUUUAAUGUUUCCGAUUAAAUUGGAGUCUUGAUAUUCUUGACCAAAUGUUAUUUAAUAUGAAAUUAUUUUCUAUAUGAUAACGCCAUCUCAAAUUCUAGUAAAUAGGUAGAUAGUACAUUAGUUAAUCUUCAUAUUAUAUAUUAAGAUUUUUGUCUUUGUUAUAUACAAGAUAGCUAAGGAUAAUGUAGUAAAUCUCAAAUAUUUAUUGACACUUAAAGCUCGUGCUCAAAUCAAAGGAGUCGAAGCAGCUUUCUGUAAUGAACAACCUAUUAGAUCUAUUAGACUGAGAAGCAAAGGCGUCACAGCCCGAGGACGAACAGGAAACUUAGGUUACGGGAAAGCCAAGAUUUUGUGGAGGAUCCAAAGUAAUUUUACCGUCCUUCAACUAGUAUCUAUUGACGAACGGAAUGAAACGUUGAAUUUAUUAUUAUCAAAGAUAUUAAAGGGUUAAAAGGCCAAGUGUUUACUCACGGAUGCCAAAUUUUCAAAAGUGAACUGAAUCAGCUUAACAAAUAGUUUAUUACCGUUCAUGAUUUACAUAAAUUCAGUAAUAUUUCAAAACGUAUAUCAGAGGCCUAGUUUUCCUGGUAGGUACGUGGGACCAUUCUCAUUGAAUAUCAAACCAAAAGAAUCCAUAAUCAUGAUAAAUUAGGUCCCUAUUUGAUUUCAGGGAUGGUAAGAAUAUGUAGAUUUAUAAUCCAACUGGUGACGCUUAUUGUAGACAAAUUUAACAAUAGAUUUUUUUAUAAUAUAUUUAUCAUCUAUUUUAAUUAUUAGAGAUUUAUUAAAUUCUGUAUAUUGUGCAUUUAGUGUACCUAUUAAUAGUUUAUAGGACCUAAAUAAGAAAUUAUCGACAUAGGUACAUACCUAUUUAAUUUGAAACGUAGACUAGUAAUGCCAUUCAGAUUGGGGAUAUAGCUUUAUAAAAUGUAGAAGUUUAGCAUACUGAGCCUUAUGUAAAUGAUUAUUAAUUGUUGUUUCUGUAUCAUAGCUUGGAGCAGUACAUAGGCCGAUACUUAAUUAUAUAAUCUACUCGGCAAACUUUUAGAAACCACUUUUAUACAAAAUAUUGCUUUUAAAUGUGACAUUACAACAUUCCGAGUGUGUAGUAAUUAUUCAAUUGUCAAUGUAAUUAAGCUACCUAUUUAAAUAUACGUGUACACUGCUAUGUUUUAAUAUGAUAAAGUAAUCAACUAAAAUAAAAUAGUAUCUACCCACAAAGUCUAAUAUUUUCACACAAUGUUUUACUUAUUGAAGUUAUUGCGGAUAAUUUUUGCCCUAUUAACGAUAUACCUAUGUUACUGAAAUAAAUUCAAACUAAUCCUUUAACUUUUAUAUCACCUAUGCCCAAAUUAAUAGAAACAAACCUAAAAUGAUUGCUAUUGAACAUUUUCUAUCUUACGUAUAAGUAUGCAAAUGUAUAUUAUUAAAUGUUUUAUCUUUAAUGGAAGGACAACACAAUAAUUUUAUGUAAACAACACAAAAGAUCUUUGUAUAAAACUGCAUUUUCUCUCUAAUAAAAUGAAAUCUCAAAAUCAAAUGGUUUUUUACAUGUGUAAAUAGUUAUAACACCUUUUAGCUAUGUGUAAAUUAAUGUAAAAUAAAAUAAAGAUUUUCGUAGAAGAAA